AAUAUUUUGAGAAAUAUUCACAAUAUCAUUUAUCUUAAUUAAGAAUGUCAGAAGAAACUACUCGGUGAACUUAUAUAAAUGACUAGGCAGAAACAAAAAGAUGUCACUAAGUCACUAAAUCUAUAAAUAUCGUUUCUUGGAAAAGAGAUAUAUGUUUUAUGUUUUUAAAAACAUGUUUAGGUAUAUUGUUGAUAUUUGCUCUUUGGUCAUACCUAACAUGCACAAUGAUAAGUAAAGUCGUUGAACUCAAAAACAUAUAAUAUUUCCGAAAUGUUAGAAAAACGAAAUUCACUCUACAAACACUUUUAUGUCUGAUUGUACAAUGAUAAAACAUACCAAAUCUCCCUCGUACAAUAUACCUACUUUUCUUCAUGAACUCAAUUGAACUUGUGAUUACAUUUUAUCAAACAUAUCACAUAUAAUAACUGCAAUUGUAUUCCGGAUUCUGUUAUAUUGUAACACAUCGUUCAGUAGAGUCGAAUCGACAAUGGCGUCUUUCGCUUUGCCUCAAUUAUACAAAGACAGUUCGGAAAAAAUAUUCAUCGCGACGAAAAUACUGCUGGAGAAAUACAAGCAUCUUAUUAAGAUCGAAGAGAACGCCUCGAUAUUCGAGUUCGGCGUCGGCGAUGGCAGCCAUUCGGCCAAACUUUUAUAUCCGCUCUACCCCGGCGAUUAUAAGGAAAUUGUGGCGACGGAUCUAUCCCAGGCGAUGCUCAAUUACGCGAAAAACAACGAAAAUAUACCGAGAUGCGCGUUUUCGCUGUUCGACGUCGCCUGCGAGACCGUGCCCGAGGAUUAUUUGGCCAGAUUCGAUAACGUUUUCAGCCUUUUCACGCUGAUGUUGGUGAGAAACACCGAGCGUGCUUUUAAAAAUAUUUACGCUAUGUUGAAACCGAACGGUCGAAUAUUCAGCGUCUUCCACUCCGUCCUGCCCACUAACCAAGUGUAUGAGAAACUCUCGAGGCACCCGAUUUGGGGAAAAUAUGAUCACAAUAUUAACAUUUCGUCUUAUUACAAUGAAAGCCAACCGGAAAAAGGAUACGAAAGGGCGUUGAAACAAGCCGGUUUCGACGAUUACACUGUUCAAGUAGAGACUUUUAAAUAUACCUUCAAGAACGAAAAAGAAUGGAAAGAUUUUUUCUAUUCUGUGAACGUGGUAGCUCCAAAAAUCCCUCAAGAAGAAAUCGAAGACUACAAAAAGGAAUUUUUCAAGUUAAUCGAAAACGAAGUACUUAUUGAAGAUGAAUCCGUUACCGAUGAAAACGGGCUCAACUCUCGUCAUGUAACUCUCAGCUUGUGCGUUUUAUCCGCCACAAAAUAAACUUUCUAUCAUUCACUCCACCUUUUUUAGCUUACUGUAAAUUUAGUUUUUGUAUCCACACAUGCUUUUAUACCAAUAAAUAAUGCCUUAUAACUUAAAUUAGUCUAGCUGUAUUAUAAAAGUAGUUUUUUUAUUAGAUUAGGCGCCCUGUUAUACCCGGCGUUUUGAAAUAAAAGAAAAUGUCUGCGAUAAUUAAAAGUUCUUAGGCUAUUAACG